CGUGGCUGGACUUUUUGGUCGUCGUUUCCGGGUUGGUUUCCUUCUUCGCACAGCAACAGUCCCAAAACAGCAAUUCCGACGGGGAGUCCCACUCCGAGGGCUUAAAGGUGAUCCGCACGAUCCGGAUUUUGCGGCCUCUCCGCGGCUUCUCCAAACUCACCGGCCUGCGGGCGAUCAUCAAGACAUUCUUGUUGUCCAUCCCGCGGUUGGCGAACGUCGCGGGCUUGUUUGUGUUUCUAGUCGUGAUCUUCGGGAUUGUCGGGUUGAACUUCUACGGCGGAACCCUCCACCGCCACUGCCGUGCGACGGACGAGCCGGUCGUGAUUUUCAGCCGCAAGAAUUUGCUCUUGACCUCCGCGGAAGACCACGAAUUCCCCUUCCACAGUGACCAAACGGUAAUCGAAAAUCUGCGCAGUUACUUGAUCGACUCCGCGGAGGAAGCAGUAAGCACUAGUAGUACCAGUGGCGUUGCACCAUUUUCACCGCCCUCAGGAAAGUUCACCGACCGCAUCACGGGACAGCAGUUGAAUUUUCUGAAAUACGCUUUUGAUUCCGACCUAGUAACUUCUGUCCAGGAUUGGAACGUGGAGCAGUGCAGGAAAGCGUCGAGCAAAGCGGCAGUUGCUGCUGCGGCUUCAACAUCUUCUGGAGCAAGUUCUGCUGUCCUUGUUCAAGAAGCAAAAACCUUCGCCCUCGGCGACUACGACCCAACAACGAAUCCGGUUUCUGGUUCGGGCGAAGAAGAUGACGCUGAAAAUGAGAUCAAACAGUGCUUGAAGAUUGGGAUUUCUAACGCAACAACCACAAUGACAACUACAUCUUCACUCGCUACAACGGCUUCGAGCAUGGUAACAAACAACUCCACUGAAGUUCUCCUAUCCAAAGCCGCCGUCCUGGCCCGCUACUGUCCGCCGAAUUCCUAUUGCGACUACGUAACGAAAACCGAGGGCCGAAUGUUCGUUUUUUGGCCCUUGGCGGACGCGGGGAACAGAAUUGACCAGAAUCACGACUACGACGUAGACUUCGACGUUGGAACCUGUGGCGGCCGCGUGUGCAGUCAGGAAGGAGCGGUCGUGCCGGGAUUUGCGGUGGUGAAUGAAACACAGCUGGCGUUGCUGAAUGCUACGACAACAAGUACUGGUGGGGGAGGUGGUGCUUCGUCAACACAAGACGCAACAACCGUCUUCCUCACCUACGGAGGCACAAGCAGGACAGGGGGCACCACCGAUCACUACACAAAAUUGUUCCAGUACCCGCAAGGCAGUGUCGGUUUUAGUAGUGGCGGUGGCGUGUCAGUACCUUCCCAAUCCCAGCAGCAGCAGCAGCACCUCCAGGAUCAGAACCGGGAAAUCACUUGUGGCAGUAUGCUGGCGGAGGAUGUAAUCUUUGGGUAUCCUCAGAAAAUCCCGGACUUACUUGAUCUCCUCCACACUGGCGUCCGGAAAGCUGCGGUAGACCACAAAUUUAUGAAGUUCCCGAAUGUUGGGAAGUACGAGGGGCUAGCGAGGAAAAACCCGGUCGAGCACUUUGAAUAUUUCACCGAAAACACGGAGUCGUACAACUUCGGCGUGACGCACUUCAACCAUCUAGGUGGUGCGGUGUUCGCGAUUUUUCAGUCCUUGACGCUGGAGGGGUGGGUGUCGAUCAUGUACUUGUACGAAGACAGCUACGACAAGAAUUUCUCGAGGAUUUACUUCUUUUUACUAAUUGUCCUCGGCGUGUUCUUCAUCUUAAACGUCACCCUGGCGAUUGUGUUCGACGCGUUUUCGAGUCAACAAGAGAAAACCGGCGUGCCGAAUCCGUUAGCGGACAUGAAAGACCCAGGCGACAGCGGGUCGAACAUCGGGAGUAACGACAAGUUAGGGAGCAAUAACAGCAAAACGGUCGCGAAAACCAGUACUGGUAAAGGUGGUGCGACAGUAGGAUCAUCUGCACCGGUGAAUGCCACAGCGUCCUUGAAAGAGGGAGCGCACAAGUCGGACGACAGUGGUGCACAGGAGGGUCGUCAAGAACAAAUACCACAAACGAACCAGAGUGUGAGCAGCUUGCAGCUUGACGAACGGAGUCUGCCCUAUGUAGUUGAUGAAGACGGGAUAGCGAGGACUAGCGAGCAAGUUCCAGCUUUGUUUGAGAACAACCUCGCUCUCCCGCAGGACGAUACGAGCGUGACUGGGCUGACUUCCGGACCGCAAACGGCGGAUGAGGGGACCAAAACCGCGGACGAGGGGACUACGACUGCGGAUGAGCAGGGGCACAGCGGCAGUGGCGCCGCAAAUGGAACAAGUGUUCAGAAAGCGUCAGGAGAAAAGAUCCAGCUCAAAGUCGAUGCCCCGCCGGAUGAUCUUGAUGACACUAAAGAGGACAGCACAAAUAGCAGGCCGAAUUCCAAACAGCGCAGGUCGAAUCGCGGCGGUCUGAAACCGCACCCACACCAGGAAGUCGUGGCCAGUAAAACGAACACGUCAAGCAUAGGCCUCAACAAAAACGCUAGCAACAGCAACAAUUCGACGACUUCCGGCAACUCGAACUCCGGCAACAGUCACACCAACAAAUCCGACACAAAUGUUUUGAACCGGCGGUACACGGAACUGUGCCAGCGGGAUCAGACUUUCACCGGGAAAAUCCAGAAGAAGAUUUUCGAAAUCACCGACCACGAGUCGUUUCAAUGGGUGAUCCUGUUUUUCAUCGUCGCAAACGUAAUCACGUUGUCCCUCGACGACUUCCCGGCGCGGGAGAAGGAAAUUGUGGAUUUUUUGAAUCUCACGAACAUGAUUUUCUUCGCGGUUUUCUGUGUGGAGGCCUUGUUGCUCCACAUCGCCAUCGGGCCACGGUUGUACUGGACCCAGGCGAUCACGGCGUUCGACGGGUUCAUUCUGCUGGCGUCGAUUUUGGAACUGAUAAUCGCGAAUACAAAGUCUUCCUCGGACAACACCUCCACGUCCGCGAUGACGGCUUUCCGUGCCUUGCGCGUUUUCAAGCUGGCGAAAAACUUCACAGCGUUCCGGCUGUUGUUAAAGUCGAUCUACGGAACGGUGAUGCAGAUCGGGAACUUCAUGCUUUUACUCGCGUUGAUGAUCUACAUCUUCGCGCUCGCGGGCCAGAACUUCUACGCGACAUAUUUUUUGUUCCACCCCGUGUCGGGGCAGUUCUUAUCUGAGUGCACGCCGCACGCGAGGUUUUUGAAAAACCGGGAACACUGCGAGCAAUUGUGCGGAUCAUCUUCAGGAGCAGCUUCUGCUUCCACCACAGCAAGUGCAGAUGCGAUAUCAUCGAAUUCCAACUUCGAUUUCGAGAACUGCCAGUCCCGGGCGCACUUCGACACGUUCCUUUGGUCCUGCGUCACGAUCUUCCAGGUUUUAACCGGCGAAAACUGGAAUUUGGUUUUCUACGACGCGGUGAAAUCGCGGGGGCCGAUCGGGUCGAUUCUGUACUUCGGCGUGGUAGUUUGUGUCGGAAACUUCGUCAUCCUGAACGUGUUCCUCGCGAUCCUCAUGUGCAGCUUCGAACGGCAGAACGAACAGUCUAGGUUACAAGAGGAGAAAUCGAAGGAGUCGAAGCAAGCGAGAAGGACACAGAUGUGGUCCCGUCUCAGCUUCGUGAAAAACACAAAUUCCGUAAACAGCCUGCCGGAUUUCGUGUUUGGAAACUCCGAGAACGAGCAAGGCAAUCUAGUAGGUGGAAUUGCCGCGACCAAUUCCUAUCCCGGAACUUCUGUGGGAAAUAAUCGUCGGCCUCGGCGCAGCCUUUCCAUGGCGGUGUUGCAGGAAAAGAAGCAGGAGAUGUUCUCGCGCUUGAGUCAGAAAUUCACCGGGAAGAAAGCAAGCAAUGAUAUUUCCGGCACGAACUCACCGAGCAACACGAACAGCAGCUUUCAAAAAGGUGCAUCUGGAACAAACAACAAUAAGGGUAACCUCCUAACCGUCCCGCAAUCCACAUCUGGACACCACUCGCCGAAUGUUUUUGGAGAGCUAUUGGAGGACUGCGAGAACAGCAAUCUGUCCCCGAUCAGUAAGUCCAGUUUGUCCACCGGGCUUUCUUCCCACACGAGAAAUAACCGCGGGUCAACACACCACGCCGCGAAGAUGUUCCGACGGGCCGCGUCGGAAUCUUGGAAGACAUACAGACGCUAUUCGAACUUCUUCGUCCGGUUUCUCGUCAACCGGAAGAACAAAUUUGUCGACUGGAUUCAGGACUUGCAGCAACUCCGGUUCCAGGAAUGUGUCACGCUGUUCUUGCUCCACCCGAUUUUCGAGCAGACCUCCAUGAUCUGCAUCUUGCUUUCCUGCGCACUGAUGACGUGGCAAAACCCUUUAGCGGAUCCGGAGUCGGACGAUCAGGUUUUUUUGAAGAAUUGCUCGACUUUUUUCACCAUCGUCUUCACUCUGGAAUGCUUACUGAAGGGAGUGGGGUUCGGGUGGAUAAGUUUACCGAAGAAACAUUUGAACCGGUAUGUGCGCGGCGUGAACUACUACGAGGAAAAGAAAAGGAGGCGGGAAGAAGCGGAAAAGUUGAAGAAACAAUUAAAGCUAACCGGCGUUUCGAAAACAACUUUGAGAGCAGCGGACAAGUUCAAAAAGAAACUCGUUUUGCACAAAAAACGGGCAGCGUCUAGCACUAACGCGGCAAAUAACAAUCAGCAGCAGAAAUCAAGGAAAGACAUCGAGGAGGAGAAUAAAAAGCAGUGGGAGAAGAAGAGAAACGAACUACUGAGAGAGCAGAAACGGAAGAACGACCCGCGGGUCCCGUUUUUCCGGUCAGGGUGGAACUGGCUGGAUUUUUUGGUCGUUGUUGUCGGUUGGAUCGACUUGCUGGCGCCGGACAACACGAGUAUGGGCGGACUGCGGACCCUGCGCGUGUUUCGGGCGCUGAGGCCGUUGCGGUUGGUGUCGAGAAAUCCGUCACUGAAGCUCGUGGUGAACACCUUGCUGCAAUCGCUACCCGAAUUGGGAAAUCUAAUCCUGGUUGGCAGCAUCGUGUUUCUCGUCUUCUCUCUCUGGGGCUGCGCGUACUUCAAGGGGAGGUUUUACAAGUGUCAGGACAAGUUUUUCGAGGAAUUUGAGUUCGUCGAAGGAGGUGUUGGCGGUUCUGUUGGUGCAGCGCCACCUUCUUCCCGGUCCAUGCUCCUGUUAGACGACCAAGACCACAGCUUCGCAAAAGCUUCUUUAUCUCUGUCUUCGUCAACAGCAGCUGCAGUGACAACACCAACAACGAACAUCCUUGCCUUUAACUCGACUCUAGCGAGCCAGCAAUUCACCGCCACGGGGAUCCCAGUACAGAACAUCACUAAUCCGACUGCCCUACCAACGUCUUCCUGGAAAGCGUACCAGCGCCUCACCGACGACACGCCACUAUGCCUUCUCCGCUGUCAGAAAACGGACGACUCGAGAUUUUGCCGAGAAACCGAUAUCUGGGGCUACAAGGCGAUGAAGUGCUCAGAUUGCAACAGGGAAUUUUGCACGGCGAGCAAGGAUUUCUUCGCCGACGAUUCCGUCCCAGUGCAUGUGGUCGUGAAAAGUGGCGAUGUUUCAGCAACAGAAACAACACCGUCCGGUAGCAAAUCAACCACUUUGACCAUCCUGGAUCCAGCGAAGACCACCGUGAUAGCGAAAGAACAACAAACUACGGUGGAAACAAACAAAAUCCACGAUUGGAACUCUUUAACCGCCUUCGUCCAAAACGAAGCCGAUGAAGAAUUCGUCUCAUGUUUCGACCACUGCACGGAUUCCAAACACCCCUACUUCUGCAAGUCCGCCGAGGCGGUGGCUACUGCUACUUCUUUACCAGCAUCUUCUGACAGUACUAACCUCGCGAAGUACAGCUGCGCGAAGGAGUGUAUUUCCAAGUGUCUUUGUUCCGACGCCUGUCAGGGGUUCGUACACGAGGCAGCGACUUGCUUGGAACAGGGCGGGAAGUGGAUUACCAGCGACCAGAAUUUCGACACGUUGCCGCAGGGCAUGAUGACGCUGUUAGAAAUCGCGACUACCGAGUCCUGGGUGGACGUGAUGUACGACGGCGUGGACUCACCGAUCAAGCCGUACCACAGCCCGAAGCGGGAUCGGAACCAGUUCUGGAGCUUGUUUUUCGUCCUUUUCAUCUUCUUCGGGUCGUUUUUCAUCCUGAAUUUAGCCGUGGGGGUCAUUAUCGAGAAUUUCACGAAGAUAAAAAGAGAAACCGGGCAGACGUCUUUGUUCUUAACCGAGUCGCAGAAGAAGUGGGUCGACUGCAACCGAAUGAUCUCCGUGCAGCAGCUGCAGCAGCUGUUUUUGUUGACGAAUCUGCAUAAAGUUCCGAAAUGGAGGAGAAAACUGUACAAUUUCGUCUCGUCCGGCUCUUUCGACGCGAUCAUCACGCUGUGUAUUUUGUUAAACACCUUGACCCUCGCCUCCCAAGUCGUUCCGGAACCGACGACGGGGUAUCACAGACUGUUGGAUUUUUUCAACGAAUUCUUCGUGCUCGUGUUCAAUCUCGAGGCGGUGUUGAAGUUGCUAGCGAUGAAAAUGGCGUAUUUCAAAGUGAAUUGGAACUGCUUCGACUUUUUGUGCGUGGUGGUAGCGGACGUGGGACUGAUUUUGGAGCUGUCGAAUGUGGAUAAAUUUUCCGCGGUCGGGUUUUUCGCGGUGAUAAGACUGUUUCGGGUGGCCCGGCUGUUUCGGUUGGCGAGAUUCUUGAAAGGCCUGAACAAGUUGUUCCACGCUUUUCUGCUGUCCAUACCGAAGCUGGUAUGUGGUUUAUGGAUUCGUUUUCUGAUGCUGCACAGCGCACACAAUAAUCAUGUUGAAAUGCAAUUGCUGAUGCUGAUUUUGCUCGUGAUUUGCAAGAAACAAGUGCCGAGAGCUAACCCGCUAAACUUAUCAGGUCAACGUCGGCGGCGUGUUCGCACUUUUUCUCUUCGUCUACGCGCUGCUCGGGAUUCACCUGUUCGCAAAAGUCCGACAGUUCGGGGACGACGUACGGAUAGCCGAGCACAACCAAUACGCAAAUUUCCGCACGUUUCAAACCUCCAUUGUCACCCUGUUCCGGUCCUGCACGGGCGAGGCCUGGAACGUGCUGAUGCACAACUUCGCGAAGGAUAAGUUCUUCUACAAAACUUUCCUAGAGGUCGAGUGCGUGGACGAAAUGCGGAUUUCGAACAACAUCGACUUCGAAAAUUGGAAGGACUACAAAGGCAGUAACGCGAUCGAGCAGCCGGUAGAGUGUGGGACGAAGUGGAGCUAUUUGUUCUGGACUACGUACACCAUUUUGAUCACGUAUUUGAUUUUGAACCUGUUCAUCGCGGUGAUUUUUGAAUCCUUUGACGAGACGGCGCAGCGGGACGAGACAUUUUCGGAAGUGGUGCAAUUGUGCAUCAAGCGGUGGAAGCAAUACGAUCCGAACUGCACGUGCUACUUGCCGCUUCCGAAAGCGUUGGAAUAUUUAGACCACGUGAUCCGAGAGGUGUCUACAAGUGCAAGUAGUCACAAGCAUCCUGUAGAACAUGACCAAAAGAGCAACAAAGACGGCGGUAAUAGGGGUGCGAAGGAAAGCAACUCGAACUUCAACAGGAUUUCCCGGGACUUGGAAAAGUCGAAGAAAUACAACAAAUUCGACUUGAAAUUCACGAAAUCGCUCUACCUCCGGGUGACGAACGAGGGCUUGGUGCCGGUGACGGCGGCCAUUUUGUCCGUUUUUCGGUAUUUGAUCAUCCACAGUUCGGACGAUUUACCAGAAGCGCAGCUGCAGGUGAUAAAUGAGUUGGAUUCUGUGAAUGAGAAGCUCUUGCACCACUCCAACCAAUUGGAGAACGACGAGAAUAUCUUCUCUACCCUAUUCUCGACGAUGAUGCACAACGUUUUGUCCUAUGUCGGAGCGAAUAGGCAGAACAAAAACCGCAGUAGAGCAAAUUCGCAGUAUGGCAGCCAAGCCGGGAGUAGGAACGUGUCGCCCUCGAAAAAGCCGUCGACCUGUUGGACAAGCAGUAAUUCCCGCAACAAGACCAUGCCGACACUCUCGCCGGACAAGCGAGACAGCGGGACUACUGCAGGAAUAAGGCGGCACAGCCACAAGUUGUCUACGGGUGCGACGUCGGACUCUUUGGACGCCACGUUGCACAAUGACGAGGAGCAGAGAAGAUUGCAGAGGUUGUGGAGAGUCGUGCGGGCUUUUGGCGGGGAUCGCGUUUUAUUCAAACCUGUGGAACGGCCGGUGAUAGUACCGUUAGAACACCACGUCGCGGCUUCGAAGGUCCAGAGGCACUACCGGCAAAGAAUGAAGAGAAUAGAAGAAAGGUUAGCGAGGGAAGCGGCGGCGCGGGGAGAAGGUGGUGGUGCUGGAGGGAGCAAAGUUGUAGUGGACUCCUCGCCCGACGGAAUGAAAGAAGUCUCGAUUUCACCACAAUCGCGCUCUUAGGGUGACGAGUUGUACUUUUAGUGUGCGACGAGGUACUUGGUUUGUAAAAGAUUUUUUGACGGCUGGUUGUAGUACUCUUCAGAAAACAAAACUUAUCUUAACUUCAAGUCAACAACGUUAUUGCGGAAUAAACUUCUGCAAGUAGCACUGAACAUACUGAACAAAGACCAAAGACUGGAAUGAUCAAUACGAUUUCGCAAAGAAACCAGAUGAAGUAGACAAAUUGCAAGAGCGCUGAUCUGCGUGAUGUAACGACGGUAUCUGUAUUGAGGAAAGUAUCGGAUCUUUUUUCUUUUUCAAAGUAAAGCCCAUGCUCGUCAUCAUGUUCAUUCGUAAUCAAGAAGAAAGAGCUCAGUAGGGAUGAACUGCGCAUAGAAAACUUAAUUUUGGUAAGUCGCUGCUGCGAUAGCCGUUUGCAAUUUACUGUGAUGCUUUUUAUUCCAGUCCCGUGUUGGGGAUAGCGACGGCAAGGCAU